AUGCCGCCGUACUCUUCAGUACAGAAGCAGCAAAUAGCUCAGUUUGUGAGCUUCACACAAGCAAAGGAUACUGUGGCAACAAAGUUUCUGAAGCAGUAUCGAUGGAAUACCGAAGAAGCUAUCGAUGCAUACUUUCAGAGUCCCCAGGCUGCAGCAGGGGCAACUCCUGCCAUCAAUCAGAUAUUCGAUAAAUACCGAGAUUCACCAGAGGAAAGCCCAGAUACAAUCGGCAUUGAUGGCGCCAUGCGUUACCUCGGAGAUAUCAACGUCGAGUUGGACGAAGUAACCUGUCUCGCCAUCGCCGAGCUCCUAAAAUCUCCAUCCAUGGGCGAAUUCACUCGCGAAGGCUUCCUAAAUGGUUGGAGAUCUGUUCAGUGCGACACCAUAGACAAGAUGGCCGCCCAUGCCUCCGACCUCCGCGCGCGCAUCCCCACAGAACUCGACCUCUUCCGUCGCGUAUACCGCUACACAUUCCCCCUUUGCCUGGUCCAGGGCCAGCGCAACCUUCAAUUCGAAAUUGCUGUCGAACAGUGGAGCCUCUUCUUCAGUACCCCGAAGGGUGGCGUCGCCUGGAACACCGCGACAACUCCCUGGCUGGACUGGUGGAUUGAGUUCCUUGAGGGAUGCGGCAAAAAACCCGUCAACAAGGACCUAUGGCAGCAGGUCGAGGUAUUUAUGCGCAAGAGCCACGAGGAUGAAGCGUUUGGAUGGUGGAGCGAAGAUGGCGCGUGGCCCGGGGCACUAGAUGGCUUCGUUGCAUGGGUUAGGGAAAAGAGAGGCAAUAGUGAGGGUGCUAUGGAGGUUGAAUAG